AUGGCAGCUUCCAACUGGACCACACCCCACCCCUCCACCUUCUUCCUGCUCGGCGUCCCGGGGCUGGAGGCAGCCCACGUCUGGAUCUCCAUCCCCUUCUGCUCGGUCUACAUCCUGUCCCUCCUAGGGAACUGCCUCCUCCUGGCUGUGAUCAAGACCGAGCCGAGCCUCCAUGAGCCCAUGUACCUUUUCCUCGCCAUGCUGGCCUUCGCCGACCUGGUUAUCUCAACUGCUGCCAUGCCCAAAACCCUCUGCAUUUUCUGGUUCAGGGACCAGGCCAUUCAUAUCGACGCUUGCCUGAUCCAGAUUUUUUUAAUUCAUUCACUUCAUACCAUGGAGUCUGGGUUCAUGCUGGCCAUGGCCUUCGAUCGCUAUGUCGCCAUCUGUAACCCGCUGCGACACUCGGCCAUCCUGACCCAUCAGGCCAUAGCCAAGAUAGGUCUUGUUGUUGUGGUGAGGGGGAUCAUGUUACUAGGCCCACACCCGUUCCUGCCGAAGCAACUCCCAUAUUGCGGGACUCAUGUCAUUUCUCACACCUAUUGUGAGUUCAUGGCCCUGGCAAAACUGGCUUGUGUGGACACCACAGUCAUAAGUGCCUACAGUCUGGCCAUAGCAUUUUUCACUGGGGGCUUAGAUUUCAUUCUCAUUGUCCUGUCUUACAUCCUGAUCCUCCGGGCUGUCUUCCGCCUGCCCUCCAAGCAGGCCCGGAGCAAGUCCCUCAGCACCUGCAGCUCCCACGUCUGCAUCAUGCUGGUGUUCUACACCCCAGCGAUCUUCACCUUCCUCUCCCACCGAUUUGGCCACGUUGCUCCCCAUAUCCACAUCCUCAUCGCCAACAUUUACCUGCUCCUCCCUCCCAUGAUGAACCCCCUCAUCUAUGGGGUGAGAACCCCAGGGAUCCGGCAAAGUGUGCUCCACAUCUUGGGCCUCAAACCAGCCUGA